AUGAGUCCGCGAUCGUUGAGGGCUGUGGCCGCUCUGGCCAUCUGUCUUUGCCCGGCCGUGCAAGGUGACAGGCUAUUCACUGUCAAUUGUGACCCAUUGACAAUCCAACGAGGCGACCCCAUUGUCUCUCCAGGCCAGAUUUCCUCCCACGUUCAUGCUGUAACGGGAGGAACCAACUUUGCCUUGACAGAGACGAACGAGCAGGCUGUCGCGGCAGCGGCCACCACUUGCGACAAGAUUCUCGAUAACAGCAAUUACUGGCAGCCUCAGGUCUACCACGAGCGCUUUGAUGGCAAGUUUGAAAUUGUCAAGUUUGAAGGCAAUGUCGCAUAUUAUAUUGAACGUGCUUGUGACUAUGCUCCGGGACGGACCAACUGUAAUACUGCCCCGAAGCCUAUAGCUCCUCCUCAGGGGCUUCGCAUGGUUACCGGCAACCCGUUUCUCCGAACGUACAAUAGUUCCGACAUUACGCAGCGUGCUAUCCAGACUUUCUGUUUGAGUGGUCCCAACGAGGGUGAACGUCCGACUCUCCCUCGCCUACCUUGCGGCCGGAUCCGUGCUGAGACCUUCUUCCCGUCAUGUUGGGAUGGCAAGAAUCUCGACUCCGACAACCACAAGAGCCAUAUGGCCUUCCCAGCGAUAGGUGACUACAACGGCGGAGUCUGCCCCGAGUCGCACCCAAAAGCCAUCUUGUCUGUCUUCUUCGAAUUCUUCUACGACACGGGUGCUAUCGAGAACCCCAAUCGUCUUGUAUAUGCCCAUGGAGAUGCCAGCGGCUACGGACUGCAUGGUGAUUAUCUACAAGGCUGGACAGACCAGGAUAGGCUCGAGACGGCGCUUGAUACUUGCGAAGACGGCGUGGAUAGUGCCGGCUGCAGCCUCAACGUUGGCAGUGAUGGGCAUGCUGGCCACCCUAGUUCACAAGUACUCGCUACUCCCGCGCCUGAUGAGGAUGUCGGAUUGAAUGGUCCGUUGUCCAAACUUCCUGGGGACAAUCCAGUUACGGGAGAAAUCCCUUAG